UUUCAUCAGUGGUCUUGUUCUUUAGCUGCUGUGUCGUGGGGAUUGCAGACAUUUUGCCACUCGCACUCUCUCUGACACACACGAACUUGGAUUCUCCGCUCACCCAUUGCACGCACGCGCACUCACACAACAAUACGUACACACAGCGGUGGCUGUGCUAGUAUGGCGAUAUGGAGAUGCUGCUGCGGUGUGACAUGUGUGUCAGGUGUGUAUGAGAUGGGAAUCCACAUGUGUUGAUUCCCAUGCACACUUGGGCACACUAACACUUUGACUUGAUGCCCGGUGCCUCUGACAGCAAGCUGAGGGACACACAGCCGGCCUGGCCAGGGGCCGUCCAUGCCAUGGAAGAAUGCAAGCAGAUCAUGGCACGUCAGAAAUCUAACAGCCAGUCGGACUCGCACGAUGAUGAGGUUUCUCCCCCACCGCCCAACCCUGUCGUCAAGGCCCGGCGCCGCAGGGGAGGGGUCAGUGCCGAGGUCUAUACCGAAGAGGACGCUGUCAGCUACGUGCGCAAGGUGAUACCAAAGGACUACAAGACCAUGACCGCCUUGGCCAAGGCCAUCUCUAAGAAUGUGCUGUUUGCUCAUCUGGACGACAAUGAGAGAAGUGACAUAUUUGAUGCCAUGUUCCCAGUCACUCACAUUGCAGGGGAAACAGUUAUCCAGCAAGGCGAUGAAGGAGACAACUUCUAUGUGAUUGACCAAGGUGAAGUGGAUGUGUAUGUGAACGGGGAGUGGGUGACCAGUAUUGGAGAAGGAGGUAGUUUUGGAGAACUGGCCCUGAUCUAUGGGACUCCCAGAGCUGCCACCGUCAAGGCCAAGACUGAUCUUAAAUUGUGGGGCAUCGACCGAGACAGCUACCGGCGCAUCCUCAUGGGCAGCACACUGAGGAAGAGAAAGAUGUACGAAGAGUUCCUUAGCAAGGUCUCUAUCCUUGAGUCUUUGGAUAAGUGGGAACGUCUGACUGUGGCCGAUGCUCUGGAGCCAGUUCAGUUUGAGGAUGGGGAGAAGAUAGUGGUGCAAGGAGAACCUGGUGAUGACUUCUUCAUUAUUACAGAGGGAAUAGCCUCUGUUCUGCAGCGCAGGUCCGACAAUGAGGAGUAUGUAGAGGUUGGACGCCUUGGACCCUCUGACUACUUUGGUGAAAUCGCCCUGCUGCUGAACCGUCCCAGGGCAGCCACUGUAGUCGCCCGUGGCCCGCUCAAGUGUGUGAAGCUGGACAGGCCUCGCUUUGAGCGUGUGCUGGGGCCGUGCUCAGAGAUCCUCAAGAGGAACAUCCAGAGAUACAACAGCUUCAUCUCCCUCACCGUGUGACAGGUCGGCCCCUCAGGGCCCCACCAGCAGGGGAGGGCAGCAUCAGCAUCAGAGUUUUGAUCCGUGGGUGGGAAGAGGUGAGGAUGCGGGGUGAAGGACACGGGUUUUACAUCCACAGUGACAGGGCGCUCGUUUUCCUGCUUGUUUUGUUUUUCCAUUUUGCUUGUUUUCUUUCAUUUUAUUUGAUCUUGUGCACUUUGACUUGACCUGUGCUGUCAUGUAGCUUUAUGUCAAAAACAACAUGCAGGAGUGUAAAAAUCAGAGCGAGGACAGAGAUCAUACAACUGUAAAUGACUCAUGGAUACAGUGCGUCAGCUGUAUAUGGUGCAUGCUUCUAGACUGACAAAGAAUGGCGUUUGCACUUUCAUGAAUUCGGAUGAAUUAUACGGAUGAAUUCAGGAAACAAGAAGAAAGUAAAGUCAUGUUUACGUACAGCGGGAGGAAGUGAGUACACAUUUCUUUUUCUCGCUGGCUGUGGUUUGCCUUUUUAUCACUUCUGGAUGUGCGUGGUGCCAUAUCUAAGUCAAAUCAGGCCCACACUACACAGACCUCUGUUCCCUCAAGCAUAGAUGUAGAGGUAUGAAAAAAACAAAAUUUUUGCCUGUUUUAUUCAUUUUUAGUGCUUCUUAAGUGUGCUUUUACUGCUGUUAUCAGUUGGGGGGGUUGAUAGAUUGAGUUAUAAUUUUAUGUGGCGUGUGCCAGCCAGAUUAACUGACAAGUUGCUUUUUUUUCUCAAGAAAUCAUCUCUAUCCCAAUAUUCCCUGAAGCGGGUUCAGUCUGAAAUGUGAGCUGUGGUAUUCCAAAGGUGCAGUAGUGUUAUCAGUCCAGUCCACAAUCACACAGUCUGAAACACACUGACACAAAACACACAACCAUACUGUAUACGCUUACACCGUCUCAGGACUAUGUGAAUCUUCAACACACACACACACGUCUUACCUGAUGCUUUUUUAAGCUGCUUUUUUUUCCUAGGUGAAAGCUUUUGCACCAUUUUAGUUUGUAACAUUCGUCCAAUACAGAAGUUUGAGUUCGCUGUUUUUAAGACAUGACUUGUAUGUUAUAAAUAUAUAAAAGAAAGAGGUAGAAAAUAUACUUGUGUUGCUUUCCUUUGAUCUACUGUAAUCUGCCAAAGUUGCUCACCUGACCCAGCGACUGAUGUUGUAUUAAACAGGACCUUAAGAAAAAAAUCUUUCUGUAUUGUCUCUCUCUGUAUCUCAUUAUUUCAACUAUCAAACCAUCUUGAGCAAAUAAAAGUAAGCUUCUGAAAAUCC